ACCCACACGGUGGCCACCCCAUCUUACCUCUCCCGGGCGACAAAAUCCUCCCCUCAAAUUCGCGCCGCCGCCGAUCUCCUCCUCUCCUUCCGAUCUCCCCUCCGCCACAGCCGAUCCGAUUCGGAGCAGAUCCAUGGCGGGGCUGGCGUCGAAGCUGGCCCAGAUGCAGGCCAAGGCGUGCGAGGCGACGAGGUUCGCGGCGAAGCACGGGUGCGCGUACCACAGGACGCUCAUGGAGAAGAACAAGAAGUACGUCGCCGACCCGCCUACCAUCGAGAAGUGCCAGGAGCUCUCCACGCAGCUCUUCUACACCCGCCUCGCCAGCCUUCCUGGUCGGUAUGAAUCAUUCUGGAAGGAAAUGGAUCAAGUGAAGAAUGUGUGGAGAAACAGAAAGGACCUGAAUGUUGAGCAUGCUGGCGUUGCUGCACUUUUUGGCGUUGAGUUGUAUGCGUGGUUCUGUGCUGGUGAGAUCAUUGGCCGAGGAUUUACUCUCACAGGCUAUUAUGUCUGAGUGCUAAGGAACCACAUUAGUCGCCGACUCACCUUUUUCUCAUUGAAGAUUCUGUUUAGUGUUAGGAUCAGUUUAUUAAGAUGUGAUGAUUCAGAGUUUUGUUUUCCUGAAUUACUUGAUGCGGGUGAAUGGACAUCUCAGUGAAACCAAUGUGACGAAGUUCAAUAAUUCAGUGAAUCUUAGUUGAAGUAUGCAUUAUCUUUCUGAUAUUGAAUAAUUUGAUGCCA